AUGGAUUCAGACGUCAGAAGAGUCGUCAGCAGCAACAGCAACAUAAAGUCGCCGGAAUCCGGCAACCGGCAAUAUCAUGUCUUCCAUAAUCAGGUUCUCAAGUCUCUAAUGUUGUUUGCCAUGGUUUCUCUUGCGUGCCUCGUGCUUUAUCAAACUGAGUAUCCUAUCCAGUUCCGUCUAGUACGCUUCUAUUCAUUCUCCUUGUCUCGUGGUUAUGCUUAUGUAAAUGCAUCAACAAACUCGGGCAAUGAAGAGGAUGAGUUGGAGAGAGUACUGCAAAGGGCAGCAAUGUCAAACAAAACUGUACUUAUAACAACUCUAAAUGAAGCAUGGGCUGAACCAAAUUCAACAUUUGAUCUCUUUCUUGAGAGCUUUAGAAUUGGGAAUCAAACACUUUGGCUUCUUAAGCAUCUGGUGGUUGCUGCUUUGGAUCAAAAGGCUUAUGCUCGUUGUUUGGAAUUACACCCAAAUUGUUUUUUUCUGAAAACCGACGGCGUCGACUUCUCUGUUGAGGCUCAUUUCAUGUCACCGGGCUACUUGAAGAUGAUGUGGAGAAGGAUCGAUUUUCUUCGAAUUGUUCUAGACAUGGGAUACAGUUUCAUUUUCACAGAUACAGAUAUCAUGUGGUUUCGAAACCCAUUUCCACAUUUUUAUUUGGACGCUGAUUUCCAGAUUGCAUGUGACAACUUUUUGGGCAACCCUUUAGACCUAAACAAUGCACCCAAUGGAGGUUUCAAUUAUGUAAAAUCAAGUAAUCAGACAAUCCAGUUUUACAAAUUUUGGUACAAAUCAAGACAAAAUUAUCCAAGAAAACAUGAUCAAGAUGUACUUAACAUGAUUAAAUAUGAUCCCUUUAUAAGUGAAAUUGGGUUGAAAAUCAAGUUUUUAGACACAGCUUAUUUUGGAGGAUUCUGUCAGCCCAGCAAAGACUUAAAUUUCGUGUGCACCAUGCAUUCAAAUUGUUGUGUUGGUUUGGACAAUAAAGUUCAUGAUCUUAAGAUUUUGCUUCAAGAUUGGACAAAAUAUUUGGACUUACCACCAAAAUUAAAGGAGUCUAAGACAUUGUCUUGGACAGUUCCACAACGUUGCGGGUACGUCGGUUACUAUAGCUAUAUGGUUACAUACGUUUCGAAAAUAAUGGUAUUAUACUACUUUGUAUAA